AUGGAAGAGGUAAAAUAUGAGGAAGAAGACUCCAACAUAAAAUCUUCAGCCAAUGAAAUACUCCUUGAUCCGCUCGCGUCUACAGUCCCCCGUCCCAUUACUAAUAAAUUAUUCAGCAAUGAAGAAAUUUUACCUGAAGAAGAAAAAUCUCCAAUUAUUAAUAAAAACUCUGACAGUGUUCUUCACCUAACUGAGUCUGAAUUAGACAACAAAAUAGGAGCUUCUGUAUGCAGCUAUUCCACAAAGUCAAACCUUAUUAAAAAGCAUGUUUAUUAUAUAAUCCAAGGCCAUGAUUCUUCAGGAACCUAUGAAGCACACAGAAGCUCUAAAGAUUUUAGAACAUUGAGAAGUGUUUUAGUGCACAAUUGGCCUGGGUGCUAUAUACCUCCAGUCCCUCCUAAACAAAAUGCAGUAAUUUUCUAAUUAGAACAAUAUUAAUCCAAGAUUUAUUGAAAAAAUGAUGAAGCUCUAUAAUUUGUUCAUAAGCAGAAUUGUAUCGUAUAACUAUCUUUAUGAGUCUGAUGAAUUUCAGCAAUUUAUUAAAAAUCCAGGCGUUUAUCAUAAAUUAUUGCUUACUCCUGUCAUAAAUAUAUUAAUAUUUAUUAUUAAAAUAUUUAAAAAAAAAAAAAAAAUUUCAAACAAAGAUUUAGAAAACAGCCUUAUCAAGAUAUUUCUCCAAAAUACACAAAAAUUUUCAAGGAUUAUGCUAAAGAAACCUACAAUGAGCAAAACGAAAAAACAGUCAGCGAAGGCCGCGCGUUCUUCAAAAUCGGCAUUGAAGCUUUAGAAAAAUUCGAAAAUCUCUGCAAAAUCAAUGUGGAUUAUUUUGAAAAUUUCGAAUCAGAGCUAACACAACUUAUGACAGGAGUAAACAGCCUCAGCAAAUUUUACCAAGAACAAUACGGCAGCAAAGCCUUAUCAGUUUCCCCCAGAGAAAUAUACUCAAAUCCUUUUUUCGUGCUUUUAGACUGGGUCAGAUGAGAAAUCAUCGAUUUAAAAGCAAUGAUCGACGCAAUUGAUACAAAAAAAGAAAUCGAUAAGCGCCAAAUGGAAAUUGAAAGCAAAAUGGAAACAGAAAAGACACGCAUGCUCAAAAUCCAAGCAGGCAAAAAAAUGCUUUCCCAGAUAUUUUCUACGAAUUCCAGAGAAAGAAACUCGCAGCUUCUAGAAAGCAGCAUCGGUGACAUGCAAAAAGAAAUUUUGGCGCUCUCAAAUAUCAGCACAAUCUCAGCAGCAAAAUUAGCAAAUUUAGAUAUACCGAAAUUUAAGCAGCUGAAAGCCCAGAAAUAUGAAGUAAUUUUAAGGACUUUUGCAGGGAGUUCGAUACAUGAGUUUGAAAAUAUGAUAAGCCAAGUCAAAGAAAUCGAAGAAGUGUUGAAUAGCAAAGAAUAG